ACUCCGCGGUCUUUAGGGUUUAUGCCUCAAGGAUCUACGGAUCCGAGUGACUCAUUGAUAUUAGAAACUUCUUUUAAACCCUUCAGGCAAGGCUCUAGUAUUAGUCAUGUAGAUGCGGCAACUUAUGUGAAUUCUUCGGACUUUCUUAUGGGGGCGCAAGCCAGAAAUGGAACGACUAUUAAUGAUCUGACUAAUUUUACUG